UAAUUACUAACAUGCAUCGUCACCAUUAAGCCUGAUAUCUCACUGUAAAUGUAUAUCGUAUUGCUCUGUAGCUCUGAUGUCUCCUAACAGUUGACAAUAAAGAUGUAUUGGGAUAAUAAUGUACGCCACGGCGUGUCUGAACGAGCCCAGAAUUUGUAUUGGGGUUAAUCGAGUUUGUCAAAUUCGCUUCAGCUAGCUCCAAAUAAAUCUCUCAUUUGCACUCCAAAAUGCCUGACAUGCAUAUGUCGCGACGUUUACAUGAUCUAUUUAAAUAACAGAUAAAUCAUUUGAACUAUACAUGAUAUGCUUUAACAUGCAGUUGGACCAAAUAGCGUAUGAAAUGAAAUCGUUCAUACUCAGUCAGAGCUUUACAAUUCCAAACAAAAACAAAUUACUGUACUGUACUAUUAUUAGACCGAGGCAGUCAUAAUAGGUUCAAGAGAGUUGUUGACAUAGUCAUUGUCUGCUGUAUCUGGAGAAGCACUACCAUGUGAAAUAGUAAAAAAAGAAAAAUAAAUAGUAAAUAGAUAUAUAUUUAAUUUGAAUUGUUUUAUAGAGCUUUUGCAAUACAUGUUGUCAUUGUGAUUGUUUUUGAGAUGUGAGUGUGAAUGCUAAACAAAAAAGGGCAACAAUUUCUAUUUUAAAUGUUUUAGGGCUCUUUAAAAAAAAAAAGCUAAUUUAUAACUUAUUUUCAUUGUGUGACAUAUUUUACUUAUUUUAUUGUGAAAUAUUAUGAAAACAAAAAUAUUAAUGAAAAUGUGUUUUUGAUUGGAAUUUAGGGUUAGUUGCAGGUGUGGUGACAAGACAUACCUUUAAAGUGAUGCUAAUAGCAAUCAUCACAGUAGUCAGGGGGAAAACCUGUUCUAUUGCGUGUUAAAGUACAUAAACAUGGAUAAAACAACAAUACUCUCAUCCCAGGGGUUGAUACCUAAAUCACAUGACCUUUUUGUGUGCAUGAAUGUUACCUUGAUUGUUGAAUUUCAACUAUUGCUCAUCUGGCAGCUGAAAUGAAAUAGGAUGUUUUUCUAAAUUGAAAUUGCACACACUUAGUGGUGCAUCACUGCCAAAGGUAACACUCUGGGUGUGUAGUUGAAAUAACAUGUAUCACAUAAACAUGUAAGCAUCAUGUGUCAUUGAAACACAAAGCCAAAGGAGAGACCUUAUGAGGUUUGGCUUGAUUUUCUCUGGCACGCUCUAUUGAGGAAUUUAUUUCCCACUUCACGGUUGUUUAACCUUUUAGAUCACUAUAACAAGAAGACAAUCAUUAGGGGAUAAAUAUAUAAUUAAACGAUGCCAAAAUGUGGCGAUUUGGAAGGCAAUCAGGAACAGAAGUGUUAAGAAGGAGAUGCCAGGGGUCACCGAUAGAUGUCUUCAGUACCAGUGCUCUUCAGAAAACUGUUAACUUAAAGCUCCAAACAGAUGGUAUCUAUGGUAGCUUAAAGGCACGUCACUACUCAUUUCCAAUCAAGACGACAAGCUCUUAUAAUAAUACAUGGAAAGAACUGAGAACAUCAAUGUAUUAUGCCAUCUCUGGGUUCAAUCCCAGAGUCUUUUGCACCUGUGAUCCAGUCACAGAUCCCAUUGAGAUCCACAAACAGAAGCUGGCAUUAUGGUUCAAUCACCUUCCUCAAGAGGAGAGGCAGUUUGGUGGCUACUUUUCUCCCGAAACCAUGCAUGUAGAGCCACUUAUUCUAGAGCGUCAUCCAGAUGAGGAUAGAGGCCUUUUGGUUAAUCCCUUCAAGACAAAGGCAUCUACAUGCCCCUCUUUCUCUGCAGAGCAGCUCUUUGAGCCUGGGCCUAAUGGAAACAAGGCACGAGGACAAAACGUUUUGCUAUAUGGGGCAGUUGGCACUGGGAAAAGUACUGUUGUCCGUAAAUUGGUGCUGGAUUGGUGUGAUGGAUCUGUAUUGUCCCAGUUCAAACUCGUGUUGCCCUUCUCCUGUGAGGAUCUAUCCCAUUUAUCUAAACCAACAUCCCUCCGAGACCUUGUGGGUAGGAAAUACAUGCACCUCCGCAAGACACCUUAUCUUAGUGGAGAUAAUGACAAGGCUAAGGAUGUCCUCUUCAUCCUCAAUGGUAUGGAGAAGAUGAAGCUGGAUUUUCGCAUAGGCUCCACAGAUUUAUGCAGUGAUCCCAAUGAGGUUCUUCCAUCAGGAGCUGUUGUUGUUAAUCUACUUAGGAAAUACCUACUACCUGAGGCCAGCAUUUUGGUCACAACAAGACUGUCUGCCGUAGACAGAGUUCCUAAAAAAUAUAUAAACCGCUAUGUGCAGAUCUGUGGCUUUAAUGAUCCUGAUCGCCAGAGAGCCUACUUCACAUCCAGACUCUUGCUACAGAAUGGAGAGAAGCCAGACAAGGCUGCUGAGACCCUUAUAGAGAUGCUGUACCUAAAUCUACAGCGGGAGAGUCGGUUAGCUACAGCCUGCUUCUUACCAUCUUACUGCUGGCUUACCUGCGCCACUCUUCAUUUACUGCAUUUUACUGAUGCAAAAUCUCCAGUUCGAACACUCACUGGCAUCUACACAAGUUUCAUGAGGCUCAACUUUGGAGGAGAGGUGAUAAAUGCGGAUGGGGACGUAUCCUCACAAGAGCAACAGAACUCACUCAUGCUCUAUGUGGUCCGCACUGUCGGAAAGCUGGCUUUUGAUGGUAUCACCAAUAAGCGGUCAUCGUUCUCUGAAGAAGAACUGGAGCAGUGGAUCGGUGGUAAGACCAAGACGGAUGAAGAGCUCCAGCAACUGGCAGUGUUUCGCACAGAUGUUCUUGACUUCUUCCUGGUGCCUUGCGAUGAUAAUGGUACAAAUCUUGAGUCUGGUGAAAAACGCUAUGCAUUUUCUGUCCCUGCCAUGCAGGAAUAUCUGGCUGCUCUUUAUGUUGUUCUUGGUGAGAACAAAAGUGUCCUGGAGAAGUUGACAAGGCAAGUAUCGGAGGUCUUUGGGCAAGCCGGCGAGGACAUCACAAGCUUACUAAGCAUUCUGUCCAAAGUCAUACCUUUUCGAAUCUUUGCCAUUUUCAACUUGCUUAAGUUGUUCCCAAAACUCUUUGAGCGAGUCAGCAGCCACAGCAAAGGACGCAUCGCUAACACCAUGGCAGCAGAAAUGUUUCGUUCCGAGGACAGCUUCAAUGAAGACGUCCUGGACCAGGUGGAACAAAGUCUUCUGGGAGUGCACGGUCCCCAGCCACAGCAGGAAACUUACACCAGGGCCUUUGAACUCUACCCUAUCUUCAUGGGUGGACUUCUUCAUUAUGGGAACAGGAGACUGUUAGAUCAGCUUGGAUGCAACAUCAAGAGUCAGACGGUUGCUCAGAUCACUCGCGCACUUAAAAAACAUCUGAUCAGUGAGAGCCGUAAGAAGCAGCCACCAGAGGAACUGAUGGACCUGCUGGUACUUCUGUAUGAGUUCCAGAACCCUCGACUAACAGCUGAAGUGCUGCAGUCCAUCAAGACCAUCAACCUGUCAAAUGUGCGCAUGACCCCACUCAAGUGCUUUGUGCUGAGCACGGUGCUGGGCUGCACACGCUCCAGCUUCCACCUGGAUGAGCUUAACCUCUCCUCCUGCCACAUCACUCCAGAGUUACUGCAAAUGCUCUGGCCAGCCUUCCAUCACACUCGCAACCUAAAUCUCCAGUUUAACAGUCUUGGUCCUGACUCCUGCAUUCUUCUGCGAGAUCUGCUACAUGAGCCCAACUGUACAAUUAAGUCAUUACAGUUGUGUGAUAACUACCUGUCGGACACAGGCAUUAGCCAUCUACUGGAUGCUCUGUCUGGUAACCACUCUCUGCAGCAGCUGUCUAUGAUGCACACAGGCCUCGGGGACAGUUCAGCACAGCUGCUGGCUGAGAGACUGGGUCAGCAUGAUGGGUUAAAGGAACUGAAUGUGGCCUACAACAACAUAGGAGACAGUGCAGCUUUUACACUGGUCGAUGCCUGUCGAGAGCACCCUAGCAUCCACACAGUGCAUCUUUACCUGAAUCAGCUUACUGAUGUGGGCAAGCAGUCACUAUAUGCUCGUGGUAAUCCUCGGGUGAAGGAGGGCCGACACGUGAAGGUUCUGACUUCUGUGACCGAGGGCUCGGACAUCUCGGAGGACUGGCACCCCAUUCUGAAUGUUAUUGGGAAAAACUCCCUUUCCUGGGAGAGAGAGCGUGUACGUGAGCAGCUGCUUGUCUUCUUGAAAGACCUGGAAUGGGGUCGGAAACAGCACCCGAGUUUUUGGAAGAAGCUGCACUUCCGGCGAGUGGAGAGUGUAGUUAGGCAAACCCUGCGUAUACUGGAGAAGAGCAGUGAUACAGGCACAUGGACUGGUACAAAAUGAUGAGUUUAACAUAGGAGUGGAAUUAAUUGGUCACUCAUUUCUCAAAGGGUGCUCUUUGCCUUAAAGGGGUAGUUCACCCAAACAUGACAAUACUCUCAUCAUUUACUCACCCUCAUUCCAUCCCAGAUGUGUAUGACUUUCUUUCUUCUGCAGAACACAAACAAAGAUUUUUAGAAGAAUAUCUCAGCUUUGUUGGUCCAUAAAAUGCAAUUGAAAGCUGGCCAGAACUUUGAAGGUCCAAACAGCAUAUAAAGGCAACAUAAAAGUAAUCUAUAUGACUCCAGUGAUUAAAUCCAUAUCUUCCGAAUCUAUGAUAGGUGUGGGUGUGUAAAAGGCCAUUCCACUGGUCCGAUGGGGGUAUUCCAACAGAAUGGCAAAGGUAUCUUUUGAUCUGUUUCUGAUUCUUCUAAAAAAACUUUGUGUUCAGCAGAAGAAUGAAAGUCAUAUACAUCUGGGAUGGAAUGAGGGUGAGUAAAUUAAGAGAGACUUUUUUCAUUUUUGGGUGAACUGUCCCUUUAAUAUUUCCCAGUGAUCUGCCAUUUGUAACAGUUAAUUUGACUGUUUAUGAGUAUAAAUCCAUUAUGCGUUGUGUGUCAACUGUGUAUACAGCAUAAUUGUGCUCCACUUUAGCAUUACGUUAUUUUAAAACCACUGUGACAUUUGCAGUUUAUUUCAUUGUUUGAGGGAAAGAUCAAUAUUUGGAACUCCACAAUAUGUUGUAUAACUACUUGAAAACUGCUGCUUGUUGCUCAUUGUCAGACGUGUGGCCAUUUGCGGUCAUUUCCUAUGCAUGUGUGUUCAGGGAAAAACUAGGGUGCUUUUGUUAUCAUAUAAAUGAAGAUAUGGUUCAAAGUUCACACAGUCGGACUUGUGUGUACAUGGUCAGCAUCUUCAAACAAUGCUUCGGUGUCAAUUGGUAUGGUUGGUUAACUAAGAGGCUUAUGACUAAUGUUUCAUGAUAAACUUCUGCAAUAGUAACAUAUCAUACUGCUUCUUUAUCUGAUUUGUGAUUAGAAAAAAAUGUUUAUUUUAUCUUGCAUAUUGCCAUUGAAAUGUGCUGUACAGUCACAGCAAAAUUUAAAAUAAAUGUUC